AUGGGAUACCUCAAGUUUCGAAGGCCCGAGCUGACUCGCGAGUCGCUCGGCCUCACCAACUGGGUACAGUACGACAAGUACAAUCCAAAUGCUGCCGGCGCUACCGAGGCCAGGAAGUCGUUGGCUGGCCUGGACUAUUCACCUCUGCGACGAGUAACAUGGGCCUCACUGUGGAUGGGCAUUCUCAUCUCUAUGGGUGGAUUCAUCUUUGGCUAUGAUACCGGUCAGAUUUCUGGUUUCCUUGCCAUGCCAGACUUCCUGGAAAGAUUCGGCCUGCGUCACAGCGAUGGGACAUUCUAUUUCAGCAACGUGCGUUCAGGUCUUAUUGUCGCAAUGCUGUCGAUCGGUACAUUGAUUGGAGCACUUGUUGCUGCUCCUAUUGCCGACUUCAUUGGCAGAAGGCUGAGCGUGACCGUCUGGUGCGCCGUCUUUUGCGUGGGCAACAUUGUCAUGAUCUCCUCAGACCAUCACUGGUACCAGAUUAUGAUGGGCCGAUGGGUUGCUGGUCUCGGUGUCGGCGCAUUAUCAUUGCUCGUGCCAAUGUAUAUGGCUGAAACCGCCCCUCGAUACAUCCGUGGCGCCCUGAUCAGUACAUACCAGCUCUUCAUCACGUUCGGUAUCUUCUUGGCUGCCUGCAUCAACUUUGGCACCUACGAGCACCAAAGGGGAAACUCUGGAUCAUGGCGAAUCCCCAUGGGAAUCGCUUUCGUCUGGGCAUUCAUUCUCGGUGGUGGCAUCCUUGCCUUCCCCGACACCCCGCGAUAUCUAUACCGCAAAGGACAUAAAGAAGAAGCGAAGAGAAUCAUGGAAAAAGUAUAUGGCGCCCCACCGAACCACUACAGCGUCCACGUCGAGCUGGAAGAAAUCGAGGCCAAGCUCCGGGCAGAAGCGAAGCAGGACGGCCCCAUCACUGAAUGGUUCAACAUGUUCCGCGCUCCCAAGAUGGCGUAUCGUGUCGUGCUCGGCAUGACGCUGCAGAUGUUCCAGCAGUUGACCGGUGCCAACUACUUCUUUUACUAUGGCACGGUGAUAUUCCAAGCAACGGGUAUCAACAAUAGCUUUGUGUAUGCAGGUGCUGACGGGACAUCAGUGAUUUUGAACGGUAUCAACUUCGGAACGACCUUCUACGGCCUGUAUGUCGUCGAGCACUAUGGCCGUCGCAAGUCCCUCAUGUGGGGAUCGGCCUGGAUGUUCCUGAUGUUCCUGAUUUUCGCCAAUGUCGGCCACUUCUCGCUCGACAAGAGCGACCCCCAAAAGACCGAAUCUAGCGGCACCGCCAUGAUUGUGAUGGCCUCGUUCUUCAUCUUUGGCUUUGCUGUGACAUGGGGACCUAUCAUCUGGACAAUUUGCGGCGAAAUGUACCCUUCGAGAUACCGGGCUAAGAGUAUGGCACUGUCGACCGCCUCAAACUGGCUGUGGAACUUCCUCAUCGCGUUCUUCACACCAUUCAUCACCGGAGACAUCGACUUCCUCUACGGCUACGUCUUUGCAGGCUGCAACCUCGUCGCCAUCCCCCUGGUCUACUUCUUCGUCGUCGAAGGCCAAGGCCGGACCCUGGAGGAGAUCGAUACCAUGUACAUCCUCGGUGUGAAGCCGUGGAAGAGCAGUGAGUGGAUCGCUCCACCUCCAGAGGAGAUGGCCAGGAUCAGACGCGAGGCCGGAACCGGCGAUCAUGUCGAAGACGCGGAAAUCACCCCUGCUGCCGCCGACCGCAACAGCGACGAGUCAAAUGCUGAGAAGGAGGCCGAAAAGGAGGCCGAGCACCAAGCAUAA